UUAUUUGGCUUGCCUGUGGGAAACAGAUCCUCUUUUCUAGCUCUCUCGGGUUCUCUUCGUCCAAUCGAAUUUGUUGGAGGUUCAGACAAAGUUAGGCAGGUUCAGGUUGUUUGCUGAUAACAUUUGGAAGCAAACAUGACUACUGCUGCUAGACCAACAUGGCAACCUGCCAAAGGUGGGAACGAACAAGGUGGUACUCGCAUUUUUGGCCCGUCUCAGAAGUAUUCUUCUAGGGACGUUGCAGCUCAUACUACUCUAAAGCCUAGAAAGGAUGGGCAGGACACCCAGGAUGAGUUGCAGAAGAGAAACCUCCAUGAUGAACUUGAAGAGCGUGAAAGGAGGCAUUUCUCAUCAAAGCAUAGGUCCUAUAAUGAUGAUAGAGAUCAUAGGAGGGGGAACUAUCUUCUUUUGGAAGGGGCAAAAAGGGAGGCUGAAGAUCGAAUUGUUCCACACAGUGUUGAUGCUGAUGAUUCUGAUGUGGAAGUCAACAAUGACGAUGAAAGUGACGACGACGAGGAGGAUGAUGGAGAAGCUCUUAUGGCUGAGCUUGAACGAAUAAGGAAGGAGAAGGCUGAAGAGAAACUCCGUCAAGAAAAAUUAGAGCAAGAAGAACGGCUAAAAGCCAAAGAGGCUGAGCUUCUUCUGGGAAACCCACUACUCAAUAAUCCAACAUCUUUCGGUGUAAAAAGAAGGUGGGAUGAUGAUGUGGUUUUCAAGAACCAGGCCCGCGGUGAAACCAAGCCUCAAAAGCGCUUCAUUAAUGAUACCAUAAGGAAUGACUUCCACAGGAAAUUCCUGCUGAAAUACAUGAAGUAAUAGUGAAGCAAAAUUAUUGUUCUUAUUUCUAGCGAAGUCUGCAUUUCGUCUAGCGGAUUUGAUGAUGGCUUAUCUUUUCUAGAAUAUGUGAUGUUGCGAGUUAAACCUAUAUCUCCUAUUGCAUAUGGAAAUGAUGUGUGUUUUCCUGAAAUUUUUUAAGACU